AAGAUUGCGCCGAAAGUCUUCCUUAUCUCCAUGUUCGACGACGAAGGCUACUCGUGGUGUGCCAUCCCUCAGUUCAACGUUCUAGAACACAACAUCACCAUCCCGGGCUUCUCGCCGCUCUUCCCCCAGGCUCACUGUACAGGGGAUGGAUCGAUAUGCCAGCUCACUACAGGAGAAGCCGAGAUCAACGCUGCCUCGACGAUCACCGCACUCGUUUACUCCCCCGUCUUCGAUCUCACACACACCUACUUCCUGAUCGCCGGUAUCGCAGGAAUCAGCCCUAAAAUGGGCACUCUAGGCAGCGUCACAUUCGCGCGGUAUGCCGUGCAGGUCGCGUUGCAGUGCGAGUUCGAUGCCCGCGAGAAGCCCGCCAACUUCUCCACAGGCUAUGUUCCGCUAGGCUCCACUGCGCCAAACGAGUACCCAGGAACCCUCUACGGCACGGAAGUCUUUGAGGUGAACGACAACCUCCGCCAGCUUGCCAUCUCGAUGGCCAACAUGAGCCAGUUGUACGAUGAUGCCCAGGCGCAGCAGUACCGCGCCAACUACGCUGGCAACCCUGCCUACGCUGCCGGCGCUGCACCUCCGUCCGUCGUAGCCUGCGACACGGCGACUUCCGAUGUCUUCUGGACCGGCGACCUGCUCGCCGGGGCCUUCGAGAACACCACGAAGCUCCUCACGAAUGGGACGGCGACGUACUGUACUACGCAGCAAGAGGACAAUGGGACGCUCGAAGCGCUCAUGCGCGGUGCCCUCGCGGGGCUCGUCGACUUCUCCCGCAUCGUCAUCAUGCGCACUGCCUCCGACUUCGACAGGCAGUUCGACGGAGAGAGUGCGGCCACGAACCUCUUCCUCAUGUCGCCUGGUUUCGACAUCUCGAUUCAAAACAUUCCGGCCGCAGGCGUCCCCAUCGUGACGGGCAUCGUCUCCAAGUGGGAGUCGACGUUUGAGAAGGGCAUCGAGCCGAACAACUACAUUGGCGACAUCAUUGGAUCGUUGGGCGGUGACCCAAACUUUGGGCCCGGUAACAUUUAUGGCGGGAAGAUUCCUGCAAAACGUUCCUUCCAUCGCCGUGGUUACGGUGUUCAUUCAACAACUCGUAACGUUUAAACUGUCGUUAUAUUGCCAUCAUCUACUACCCUAUGCAAACUUGUUUUGUCAUUAGUAUCCUUCGGACUGGCAUUCCCAGGGGGGAGGGGUGCUCGAUAAACGGAGACGCUAUGUACCGUUUCCUGGGAGUUUCGUUACCGUGACUAAUUUUUGAUUAGGCUGGUUCCUGCUGCAGUACAUUAUUAUACCCUACGUAACAAUUCCACAGUACACUGUGUGCUUGGCGAGCCAACAAAAGUGCGUUGGAAUUCUUGCGGAGAGC